AGGACUUGGGAAUAUAGGGGCAAAAGUGAAAAAAAUCCUCUCAUCCAUUUUGACAUGGUGGUCAUUGAUCAAAAGGGUUAUGCGAUGUACUGUGAAGUAUCUCCAGAAGUUCUGCCUCAUAUGAAACAAUAUUUAGAAGAAGGAAAGGUUCUCUACAUAUGGAAAGCAUGUGUUGAACGAGCUAAGCCUGGGUACAGAGUUGUAGAUGCUCCUUACAUGUUAAAACUGAUCAUGAGAACAGAAAUCUUUGAAGGAAAUAGCAACGACACAAGUUUCCCAAAGUAUGUAUUUUCAUUGACCCCAAUCGAAAUACUACCACAAUAUGCAAGAAGGACAGAUCGUUUCCUAGAUGUGAUUGGAAAAAUCACUGCCAUCUCAAAUGCAGCUGUAGCGCGUAACACAUCUGGAGACCUUAUGAUGCGUAGGCUAAUAACACUUCAAGAUCAUAAGGGAAACACAAUUGAUUUGUCACUCUCAGGACAAAGGGCUCUUGAAUUUGAUGCUGAGGCGGUCUUCGAUAUUGGUCAAAAUCAUCAUGUCAUAGCAAUUUUUGUGGGCACACUCAUGAAAAUAUAUCGAGAAGACUACAAAUUUCUCAGUGGAACUUCGGCAUGUAGGUGGUAUAUUAAUGAAAAUGAUAUACCAGCAAUGAGAACUUUUCAAAGAGGAUUGCCAUAUCAAGUGACACCAAUUCAAAAACUGCAACUCCAAAGCGAAGACUACAUGGAGCAAGGUGUUGAAGAAAAAACUCUGUUUGACCUCAAACACAUAGAUCCUUUGACUGAUAAGGUCAAAACUCAACUCCUUAUGUUAUAUGGAAAUAAAAAUUGCUUAAGUCUCUAUACAUCAGCCAUCACUCAUUAUAUUUUUGUUUGUUAA